CUCGCGGCGCAAUGAUGUACUCCGUCAUCGUCAUAACAGUAAUAGCCUCCCUGUGGCUACAAGUACAAGGACAGAAAUCUCCAAUCUUGGAUGAGGAUUGUGGAGUUGUACGUAGUUGGGGUCCUAGGAUAUCUAACGGUGAUAAUGCAGAAUUGGCAAAAAAUCCAUGGAUGGCUUUUUUGGAAACCCCAACCGAAUAUAAUUGCGCUGGCACGCUUAUUAAUCACUGGUUCGUUUUGACGACGGCUCAUUGCAUUCCCGAUGAUUUAAAUAUAACGGUUCACCUGGGCGAGUACAAUAUAAAAACAAAAGUGGACUGCGUUGGCUAUUGGUGUCAGGGAAGGGCCCAAAAGUACGAUGUGGACAUGGCCUUCAAGCAUAUGAAAUACAAUUCUCAAGAGCAUAGCAACGACAUCGGUUUGCUGCGUCUUGGGAGUAGGGUGGAAUAUCAUGCUCACAUUCUGCCUAUCUGCAUAUUUGUAGACGAUCAGAUGAAAGUACAGGUGGAUCAUUUGACCUGGUUUACCACUACCGGUUGGGGAAAGACCAAAACCAGCAGGUCGAGCAACGUUCUCCAGACAAUGCGAAUCAACCGACUACCCAAUGUGACAUGCACCCAUAUCUUUAAUACACCUUUGACCUCCGGACAGAUCUGUGCCGGCAACACUGACAGCAGUCUGUGUCAUGGUGACUCCGGCGGCCCGCAGAUACAAAAAAUGAUGUACAACAAGAAGGACCGCUACGUCCAGUUGGGCAUCUCAAGUUGGAUAAACAAUAAGUGCGAGAGCGCGAGCAUCAUCACGGAUCUUUCGAUUUACGGCUACUGGAUCGAAAGGGUGGUACGGCAGUUUUCACCCGUGAGUGAUAUGCACGUCCCUUUCCCAUCCAACCGGAAUGUUUCAUUACCGGUAUUCUCGGAUUUCAUGGUCGAAAUGGUAAAAGUAUACAUUCUACACCUCAUUCAUCCCUGGUUGAAAACCUGA